GCCAGCGGGUUAAAUAAAUAGCCGGGCUCAGGGCAGGUGUUUCCUUCUUGGCUUGCGAAAGGGCUGCACGAGGCGGCCUCAGCUUCGCUGCCUGCGACUUCCUGCCCGCCUCCAGCCAGAGCAGGGGCGAAAACAGUCCUUCCCUCUCUCUGUUUCGGUUCCCGCCCCAGCGAGGGGAGGCGGCCCGGCUGCUCCUCCUGCCCCGUCGCCGCUGGGAGUCCCAGAGCAGGGCGGCGUCGGCUGGGGAGCCGCCAUGGCGUUGCUGCUGCUGCCGGAGCCUCUGAGCGCGGCGCAGCUGCGGCGCCUGGAGCAGCACCGCUACAACGCGUCCGGGCGCUCGCUGCUGGAGCCGCCGCUGCAGCGCUAUUGGGCCUGGCUGGUGGAGCGCACGCCGGCCUGGCUGGCUCCCAACGCCAUCACCCUGGGCGGCCUCGUCCUCAACUUGCUCCCCACGCUCGCGCUCAUCGCCUACUGCCCCAGCGCCCACCAAGAGGCUCCUCCCUGGGUAUUCCUCUCAUGUGCAUUAGGACUAUUUGCUUACCAGUCCCUGGAUGCUAUUGAUGGGAAGCAAGCCAGAAGAACCAACAGCAGCUCUCCUUUGGGAGAACUCUUUGACCAUGGCUGUGACUCUAUUUCUACAGUUUUCAUUGGUAUUGGAGCCUGCUUAGCAGUUCGUCUAGGAACAAACCCAGACUGGCUGUUCUUCUGUUGCUUUAUUGGAAUGUUCCUGUUUUAUUGUGCUCACUGGCAAACCUAUGUUUGUGGCAUGCUAAAGUUUGGCAAAGUCGAUGUAACUGAAGUACAGAUAGCCGUAAUUAUACUCUUUUUGAUAUCUGCAUUUGGUGGAACAACAGUGUGGGACACUAAGCUUCCUGUGCUGGAUCUAAGACUGAAGAUGAUUCCUGUUGCUGGAAUAGUGGGUGGAGCAAUAUUUUCCAGUUACAAUUAUUUCAGAGUAAUAUUUGGAGGCGGCGUGGGGAAGAAUGGCUCUACAAUAGCAGGAACAAGUGUUCUGUCACCAGGCCUUCAUAUAGGGUUGAUUAUUACUUUGGCAAUAAUGAUCUAUAAAAAAUCUACAACGCAACUAUUUGAAAAGCAUCCUUGCCUCUAUGUCUUAACAUUUGGAUUUGUGAGUGCCAAAAUCACACAAAAGUUGGUGAUUGCACACAUGACCAAAAGUGAAAUCUUCCUACAAGAUACUGCAUUUAUUGGGCCUGGCCUCUUGUUUCUAGACCAGUACUUCAACAGUUUUAUCGAUGAAUAUAUCAUUCUGUGGAUAGCACUGUUCACAUCCUUGAUUGAUUUACUGAGAUACUCUACUGGGUUAUGCAAACAGAUUGCAGCUCACCUUCACAUACACGUCUUCAAAAUCUCAACUCAUCAAGCUCCUGAACAGGUACAAGUUGUUUCUCCACUGAGCCAUCAGAAUAACAUGGACUGAAGAGAUUUGCGAACAGUUGCCAUCUCUUGCUGUUGCUGUUAAGAGAGAAAAAAAUGCUGAUCAAAUGUAACAUUUUGUAUCAUAGUGUUCUGACUUGCUGAAUAUAAAUGGUAAAUGUUUAAUUUUUCUAUUUAAAUGUUGUUUUAAAAUGUCACUGAAUUUUUCCAUAAAUCAGUAUUAACACUUA